AAAUCUGGGUCACUCUCUCUUCCAUAAUAUCAUCUUCUCCACUUAUUUUUCCUCUGAUUUAGAUUCGUUGACGAGGUAAAAAAGAGAGAGGGCUGGAUUUGGGAGAUCCGAUCGUAAAAAUUUGGCGUUAUUUGAAAGAAUUGUUUUGAUGAUAGUUUAUUUGGUAAAUUAAUUAGCAAAUGGAGUCUUCGUCGAGUCAACCGGAAUUCGAUUACUUGUUCAAGUUGCUGAUGAUAGGAGAUUCAGGAGUUGGAAAGAGUAGUCUUCUUUUAAGUUUCGCUUCCGAUUUCUUUGAGGAUCUCUCUCCCACUAUUGGUGUUGAUUUUAAAGUGAAAUAUGUAAAUGCUGGCGAUAAAAAGCUGAAGCUUGCAAUUUGGGAUACAGCUGGGCAGGAAAGAUUCAGAACAUUGACAAGCUCUUACUACAGAGGCGCACAAGGGGUCAUUAUGGUUUGUGAUGUAACACGGAGGGAGACAUUUACUAAUCUUUCUGAAAUCUGGGCCAAGGAAGUUGAACUCUACUCGACAAAUCAAGACUGCAUCAAGAUGCUUGUUGGAAACAAAGUUGAUAAGGAAAGUGAGAGGGUUGUAACAAAGAAAGAGGGAAUAAACUUUGCUAGAGAAUGCGGUUGUCUUUUCAUUGAAUGUAGUGCUAAAACACGCGUUAACGUACAGCAGUGCUUCGACGAACUUGUUAUGAAGAUUCUAGAAACUCCGAGCCUUUUGGCGGAGGGCUCCAAAGGUGUGAAAAAGAACAUCUUCAAACAGAAGCUGCCACAAUCUGAUGAAGCUGCGAGCGGUUGUUGCUGAUAGUGAAAUCUCUAACCCGAGCACGGUGGUUCUCUCCCAAUUCUGACAAUUAUUUACUGUUUGAUUAUGCAUUUACAUAUGAAACUCAAUCUCCAUGUAGUGGGCGUAUAGCAUUGUUUCUCAAAGUCGUAUCGUGUAGGAUUCCAUAUUGUAUGACCAUUUUGGAUUGAAACAAUCAAGGAUUACAUGGUUACUCGAUUAUUGGUGA